AUUUUUGGUAUUUUGGAUGAUUAUUAAUAUUUUUCAAAGAUUUACUAUCUCAUUAAUUAUCCAUUUUGUUGCAUUUUGCAUUGGUUUCGAGUUGGGACUGAAAAACUUUAGUAUAUAUAUUAGUGUUUAUUAAUUUAUAGAGUAUCAAUCGGGGAAUUUUGAUUGUAUUUUAGUUGAAAUAUUCUCAAUCCAACACACUUUUUUUUUUUGGAAAGAAAAUCUAAAAGAGGAGAAUAUCAAUCACGGUUAUUUUAGACAAUUCAAUCUUUUUUUUGGUUUCUCAUUGCAAAAAAAAUAAAAAUAAACACAAAAAUUAGUGGCGAUAGGAGAAGCAUCGUUGCUGAAUCUUCCGGUAUCUGCUUCCUACCCGCCGUAGUCCAACCCACAAUAAUUGCUGACAUUCAUUCCAAAUUGUGGUGAAAAGUGAAACCUUUGAGCGGUUUAAGUUGCCUUAUGUAUGGAGGAUUCGAUUGGUUGAGUUUCCAGUCCAGUGCAGCAGCAACAAUCAGUGUGUAUCAGUAUGAAUACGGGGCCGGGUUCAGGGUCGGAGUCGAAGUCGCCGGAAUCGGAUUUUAACUCCUCUCCGAACUCAAACGGUUGGGGCAAAGCUAGAGGAGUGGUGCUUAAGUCGAUAGUGUUAAUCGGAGGGGCGCUUUUACUGAAGAGGCUCACCAAGUCCACUACUCGCUGGGACCAUGCUCGGUUCGUGGCACAAUCCCUCGCCGGCGAGAAGUUUUCCAAGGAGCAGGCGGCCAGAGAUCCUGAUAAUUACUUUAAUAUGAGAUGGUUAGCUUGCCCUGCUGCCGAAAUGGUUGAUGGUUCAAAGGUUUUGUAUUUUGAACAGGCAUUUUGGAGAACUCCUCAUAAACCAUAUCGCCAGAGAUUUUACAUGGUGAAGCCUUGUCCGAAGGAGAUGAAAUGUGAUGUUGAGCUAAGUACGUAUGCCAUCAGAGAUGCAGAGGAGUAUAAGAACUUUUGUGAUCGUCCAAAAGACCAGCGUCCGCAGCCUGAAGAAGUUAUUGGGGACAUUGCUGAGCAUUUGACAACCAUUCACUUAAAACGCUGUGAUCGAGGGAAGCGCUGCUUAUAUGAAGGCUCGACUCCACCAGAUGGAUUCCCCAACACAUGGAAUGGGGCAGCAUACUGUACAUCAGAACUAUCCGUCAUGAAGAACAAUGAAGUCCAUACCUGGGAUAGAGGUUACGAUGAAGAUGGAAACCAAGUUUGGGGUGCAAAGGCAGGUCCAUACGAGUUCAAACCAGCUCCUGCGUCUAGUUUUAAUGAUAUAUUCUCUCCCUUGAAUUUCCCUCCUCAACCCCUUGACAAAAGGAUACAAGGUUCAUUUGUAAUUCAGGAAUGAUCAAAAGGUGUAGAUCCGUAAAAGUGUCAAUUAUAUUUCAGGUUCAUUCUAUUCAAAUCUCUCAUAUUUAUCUUGGAGAAUCUUAUGUAAAUUUUGUGUAAAGCUAUAAAGUUUUCUUUAUACCCAGUGUUGAAUAGAAUGUAUCAGAUAUUCCAACAACUGACCACUAAGAAGAUCCCAAAAUUUUGUUACAUUUUCAUAUCAGAUCUUCGUGUAGUUGGAGCAUCCCGAACGGGUGAAAAGAAUAUUUCAUUGUUGAAUCAAAGUUAGCAUAAGAUGAAACAUAAACUGGACAUUUUUUCCAAGAAAAAUAGAACAAGAAAAUAUUAUAUGUGUUGUUCUAGAGCUGCAUUUAAAAACAUAUCACAGGAAGUGUAUGGAGGAGAAACUACAAAGAAAGCAUUCUUGCCAUGAUUCCUAGCUUCUUUCAAUCGAAUAAAAUCGAAUCCAUGACUUGUGGGAUGUUGAAGUGGUAGUUUAUCUAGCCUAAUAGGUGCUGUUCAAGUAGAAGUAUAGAGCAGCCAAUGCGACAACUCCUACUGCAAUCCCAAUUGGCAAUGCCUUUCCAACUGCUUCGUCCCUUUGAAGUUCAGCUUUCCUGGCUUUUCGAACAUUCAAGUCAUUAGCAUCCUUUGUCACCUUAGGCUCGUAUGGCUUAAAUCUUCGUUUUGGGGCACCACAAACUGCAAGAUUCAUAUAACAGUUUGUAAAUGUUCUUAUUUCGACCUGAGUAAUCUGAACUAUAUUUUUCUGUUUUUUUGAGUUCAUUUCAUCAACCAAAAUCUCCGCAAGAGAUUUCGAACUUAACGCAUACUAAGUGUCUCAGAGCUUUUAUUUGAUUUGAAAGUAAUCUAGAACAGUUGACUAUCAAAUGAGACCAAAAACGAAUGGUGAGAAGUGUAGGAUUCAAAUAGAGAAAUUCAGAUUGAGAUUGUGAAGAUCAAUUUACCAGGACAGAAGUAUUUGUCAGGUAGCUUCUCAAAGGGAGUUCUAUCAUUGUAAAUAUACCUGCACAAAACCACAUAAAUCUUAAGAGAUUUACACCAAAUUCAUAGGCCCCCCAGAACAGAGAAAACGCCAUAAAUCCAUAAUGAAUGAUUAAUAAUCCAGUAAAGCAGAGAAAAAAGAAUUAAGUUAGUUUACCCGCAAUCCCGGCAGAUGUA